AUGUCAGCAGAUUACUGGAACUCAUCACAACGAAAUCAAUGGCAACUCACAAGAUAUUCUUUACUCGAAGCCAGAAGGAAAAUCAUUUAUCUUGAACGUAAAAUGAUUCAAAAUGGACUAAUAAAAGAUACCCCUCACAUCAACUAUGAUUACAAUAUGCGAAUAUAUCUCCACAACUUGGUGCUUAAGCUAGGUCGUCGAAUGAAUGUAAGACAAGUUGCCAUUGCCACUGCAGAAGUUUAUUGCACCCGAUUCUUAACUCGUGCCAGUUUAAAAGAAAUUAAUGUCUAUUUACUAGUGACAACUUGCUUAUAUGUUGCUUGCAAGAUUGAAGAGUGUCCGCAACAUAUUCGAUUGAUUGUACUGGAGGCAAGAAACUUGUGGCCAGAGUAUAUACCCCAAGAUGUGACGAAAUUGGCUGAAUUCGAAUUUUACUUGAUUGAAGAAAUGGAUCUGUACUUGCUAUUGCAUCAUCCUUAUAAGUCGCUUUUACAAUUGAAACAUUACUUUGAACAGAAAUACGAUGUGUAUGGAUUCAAGUUGUCUGAUGAAGAGAUGCAAAAUUGUUGGAGUUUGAUUAAUGAUAGUUAUAUUACUGAUUUACAUUUGUUAUUGCCACCACAUAUAAUUGCCGUGGCUGCUAUAUACAUCACCAUAGUAUUGAAAAAGAACUUGUCACAGCUAAAGAACAAAGAAGAGAAUGGAGUCUCGAACAAUAGUAUAGCCAACAAUGUGGAUUCAAACAAUCCACAGUCGAGUUAUACACAAAACACAGCUGGUGCCAGUGUUAAAUCUGGAUCAACAGUGUCCGAUAACAAAGAGCUAAAUAUUGAUGAUUUGAUCAACUUGUCGAAACCAAAUAGCCAAGAAGAGGAUGCAAGUAAAGCGAAGUCAAAUGAAGUCUCACCACUGAAGAACAACAGUACACAGGUGAGUAAUCCGCAACAUCAUCAAGGCGAUGCUAAUCAGCAGCAACUGUCAACUAAAACCACCCACACAACAGCCCAAGAUUUGGUGAAUUUCGAUCUAGAUAUCCUAGAUGAUGACACAAUAAGGAUCAACAAGUUUAUGAAUUUUGUUGAACAUUCACAUAUCAAUCUCGAUGAAGUCGUUGAAGCCGUUCAAGAUAUGAUCAACGUGUACGUGUUGUGGAACAGAUAUAAUGAACAAUCCGUUAGGAAAGCGUUACAGGUUAUGCUUUGGAAGAGAUGA